GUUUGUCGACCACCGAGUCGUUGAGUGGCUGGACCCUUUCUGUGUCCGUGGGGAGAAAGGGGUUAAGCGGACAUUUGGAAAGACCCUGUCGUGGCGUAUAAAGCGCCCGUUACCCACGCAGUCCGGCGGCCUGUGCUGGCACUACAGCGGCAGUGAUGCAGCCUUCUCUGUCGUCUCUACAAAGGCACACAGAAACGCGUCGGUAACCGAGAGAGACACGGCAGACCAGCGGAGUCUGCCGCCCGGGGCCCCCUCGUCCUCCCUCACCGCUGCCUCCUCCUGACCCGGCAUGCGAGGAUGUCCAGGAAGAUAAGGAGCGGCAAAGGUCGAGCAGCGAACCGGAUCGAUGCUCCCACGGCCGGUGAAGUAGACUCGACAAAAACCGUGUCGUUCGCCUGAACCCUGGCAGGAUUGGGCUCGGCUUCUCGGUGGCUUCCAGAGACUCUCAGGAUGAGGAAACCCAGGGUGAUCCGGAUGGUUUUUGCCUUGUCCCUGGGAUGUUUCGUCAUGGUCAUAUUCUACUUUAACAGCAGUCUGAAGCCAGCCUCAGAGGCGGUGGGUGAAAGCAGCAGCAGACAGAAGUCGAGGAGGAGUCCUCUACAGGCGCUGUACGAUGGCGAUCAGGUUGAGUCGGCGGUACAGGCGAUCCAUCAGGGCAGACGGGAGCUGCUGGAAGAAGCUUGUCGCUCCUAUACCCGCAAACGCAGAGUCCUCAUCCCCGAGGACCUGAAGCACAUCAUCGUGGACGACCAGCACGGCUUGCUCUACUGCUACGUGCCCAAAGUGGCCUGCACCAACUGGAAGCGGGUGCUCAUGGUUCUGACGGGCGUUGCCGGGUCCAACAGAGACCCUCUCGCAAUCCCUGCCAACGAGGCUCACAUCCCCGGAAACCUCCGCACACUUUCUGAGUACUCCACCUCCCAGAUCAAUCAGCGGCUGCGCUCAUACCUGAAGUUCGUCUUCGUGCGCGAGCCCUUUGAGCGGCUGGUGUCUGCGUACCGCAACAAAUUCACACGGAGCUACAACACAGCCUUCCAUAAACGAUACGGCACAAAGAUAGUGCGGCGGCACAGGCCGGACCCGCAGCCGGAAGCUCUGGAAAAAGGAAAUGACGUCUCCUUUGAGGAGUUUGUCUAUUACCUCGUGGACCCAGCCACCCAGCGAGAAGAGCCCUUCAAUGAGCACUGGGAGCGGGUGCACUCACUGUGCCACCCCUGCCUCAUCCACUACGACGUGGUGGGGAAAUACGAGACGCUGGAGCAGGACUCCCGCUACGUGCUGCAGCUGGCCGGGGUGGAGGACCAGGUCAGCUUCCCCGCCUCGUCCAAGAGCACCAGGACUACAGGAGACAUGGCUGCCCAGUUCUUCCACAACAUCAGCCCUUUUUAUCAGAAGAAGCUGUAUAAUCUCUAUCGCAUGGACUUCCUGCUCUUCAAUUACUCUGUACCAGCCUACCUCAAGUUUAGAUGAGGCUGGAUUUCACUCGUGCACACAGAAACUAAAUUACAGAGCCUGGACUCCUGCAGAAGAAGCUUCUCCAUGCAAACACUGCAAGUUCUGUUUUAAGAGAAAGAAGAGCAAUCCUUAUCAGAGCUCCAAAGAAAACUAAUUUUAUUCUUGAGACAGAACAUUACGAUGGAGAACUCUUGAAGGAAUCAUAAGAUCAACAUUGAUGCCUAAAAAAAAUAAAAUAAAAAUUAAAAAAAAGGCAAAUCCUAUUGUACUGUAGUUAUCGAGCAACUAGAUGUUGCUCAUUGCCUUUGAAUGUGUGAAACAGGGUUGGGCGAUAUGUUGAAACUUUCCAACCGGGCCACCGUCAGUCCAACUACUGCAUUGCUAUAAUAUCUGUUUGCAAUCAUCAAAGAGAUGUUUGAGGAAAAGAAGAAUCAGCUCUUUGGGUUUAUUAUGGUUGUAACUGUCUGAGGUCUACGUCAUCAUACGUGAUAACUCUAACCGUAUAUUUAUGAGCGAGGCAAAACUGGCUUUUCUGUGGUCAGUCAGAAUGAUUCGUUUCUUCGUUCCCAGUUUUCCAGAUCUUGGGAGAAAAAUACUCUGAUUGCCUGGCGUUGGAGUUAAGGUUAGAUUAAGGUCCAAUAAUGACAAUUUAAACCUCAGACGGUUAAACCGGACAAACCAAAGGAUCUAAACUAAGCAGAAGAUGAAGUGCGUCCACGCGGUACAAACAGCAGGAUAACCUGCUUGCUAAUUGAUUAGGUUGCCCAACUGCACAUGUAGGUUUUGGUCUACUUCUUUAAUUUGAUUGAAUAAUAUAGAUGUUUUUAUUCAGUGCCAAUCAAUUCAACAGCAGCCACUUAAAAAUGGCAAAAGUGUUUAGUGUUUUGUGAAAUGUUUUUCUAUACAUGUACAGUAUGAAUUGAGGUUCGAUUUAGUCUAAUAUGUCUCCAUUUAAAAAAAGAUUUCUGCUUGUAAUUAUGCAGAAUCUCAACCUGAAGCUUUUGGCUUUUCCGUGCGAGCAGCAUGUGAUUGCAUGCAGGAUGUGAAGAGCGGAAAAAGGGAACGCAUUGCCGAAGUGCAAACUGAAAACUGCUGGCUUUUAUUGGACAGUAAUUUGAAUCUAAAUUUGAAAAAGUUCGUCAAUGUUUAGUAGAACAACCGUUGGCCAGGAUAUCUGCUGGCAGUGCUCAAAGCCUCAGAGGAAUCAUUGGAUAGUAGAAAGCUCCCAGGUUGAUCGCUUCCUGGUCCAUUAUGUUAACAUAAUAUGCCCAGCCCCACCCACCAACCAAAAAGGAGCAAGAAAGUGGAAAAAAAAAGUGCAAAAAACACGGCUUUGGACUAUAUGCGAUAUAAACGUAUAUAUUUUUCCGAUCACUCAGUCCUAGCAUGGAAUAUUUUUGGCUUCAUUUUAUUCCAGUUGUGGUCUGCUGUUUUUAAAAGUGUAUUUGCACGACAAACGUUAUUGUUGCAAGUUCCAUAGCAUAAUGAUUAAAGUAUUAAAUUCAUGUUUAGACAGUGAAUGUCGCUCAACAUGUGUGCCUUUGCUUUUGGGCCUUUUUUUGGGGGGGGGGGUCAGUUGUAAAUGACAACUUUUGUAACUGUGACUUUGUUUACUUUUUCGUACUGUAGGAGGAGACUUUUGUGUAAACUAUGAUAUUGUCUUUAUUUAUUGUGCCAUUUCUGAUUCCACAGAGUCAAAC